AACACACAGUGUCAUACGAUAGUAAAUCACAAAGCUGAUACGGGUACUCGGAGAGGACACAUUACAUUCGUGGGGAAAAUAGUUACACUCCCGUACAGACGGUGGCGGUGAGAACUGUUGAUUAACCGAAGAAGAACCAUGAACCAGUGCGCACACAUUUACCUCCUGUGUUUCCUUGAAAGUGUGUAGAGAGAGGUGAAAGAGCGUCAGGGGAAAGUUGUUAAUCAUGGAUAUUCGACCAAACCACACCAUUUACAUCAAUAAUGUAAAUGAUAAGAUCAAGAAGGAUGAACUGAAGCGGUCACUCUAUGCCCUGUUCUCUCAGUUUGGGCAAGUCAUGGACAUUGUUGCCAUGAAAACCAUGAAGAUGAGAGGGCAGGCGUUUGUGGUGUUCAAAGAGCUCGCCUCAUCUACGAACGCACUGCGUCAACUUCAAGGUUUUCCUUUCUACAAUAAGCCCAUGCGCAUUCAGUAUGCUAAGACAGACUCUGAGGUGAUCUCCAAAAUCAGAGGCACAUUUGGGGACAAGGACAAGAAGAAGGACAGGAAGAAGAAGGCUCAAGAUCAAGUGGCCAACGUGGCCAAGAAACCAGCACUGGGAUCAGCCAACACAAACAAUGCUCCAACAACCAUGCAGGUUCCAGACAAUCCACCCAACUACAUUUUAUUCCUUAAUAACCUGCCAGAGGAAACGAAUGAAAUGAUGCUCUCCAUGCUGUUCAAUCAAUUCCCUGGUUUCAAAGAGGUGCGACUCGUCCCUGGCAAACACGACAUCUCCUUUGUAGAGUUUGAGAGCGAAGGCCAGGCGGGAGUGGCCAAAGACGCACUGCAGGGCUUCCGGAUUACAGCCCAAUGCGCCAUGAAGAUCACUUAUGCCAAGAAGUAGUUCCCACGAUGACGUCACUGGACAGGGACCACACAUUGGACUCGGUUAGAGAUGGGUUGGACCCCCUGAUUUUUACUGGGUUUUUUUUGUUGUAUCGGCUGUGGAAUCUCCCAGGAGUUUUCGUUGUUGUUUUUUUUGACUGAUUUCUGUGCAGUCGCUGUGAGGUGGAAUGUGAAGAGAAUCCUCUAAACAUCGUCUCUCUAUUUUGUAUGGCGCAGUAAUAAAUAACUCUUGUGUAA